UGGACACAAGAUGCCAAAUAAUGUUACAGACUCAUUUAAAGACAGUCGUCGCCAGCUCCUUCGUAACCGUGCGACCUACGUUGUAUGGUAGUUGCUGCAAUCGAUUGAAGCAGCAGUUCCUACUCUUAGUACUACUUGCGGCCGGUUUUAUGCGUUCAUGGGAUUUUGCUCCGGUUUCUUUGCCUGCUUGGAGAGGCUGAAAGCUGGCAGAGGUGCCGGCUCAGCUCGCUCCGACUACGCCGACGAUGCCUUGGAUUCGUUUGACCUCUUCUUUGACCUCCACUCUCUGCAAAUCGCCACCAGUUUCUUCUCCGACCUCAACAAACUCGGUCACGGAGGCUUUGGUCCCGUUUACAAGGGUCUGAUGCCAAAUGGUCAAGAAAUAGCUGUAAAGAAGCUUUCUUUGGAUUCAAGACAGGGAGCUAGAGAAUUCACUAACGAGGUGAAGUUGUUAUUGAGAGUUCAGCACAAGAAUUUGGUGAUGUUAUUGGGGUGUUGUGUAGAAGGACCUGAGAAGAUGCUGGUUUAUGAGUAUCUUCCGAACAAAAGCCUUGAUUACUUUAUUUUUGAUAAACAGAAAUCUGGAACCCUGGAUUGGACGACGAGGUUUCGGAUAAUUAUGGGUGUGGCAAGAGGUCUUCGUUACCUUCAUGAAGAGGCCCCAGAAAGGAUCAUUCAUAGGGACAUCAAAGCUAGUAAUAUAUUACUGGAUGAGAAACUCCAUCCAAAAAUCUCGGAUUUUGGCUUGGCAAGACUCUUUCCUGGGGAGGACACUCAUGUAAAUACAUUUAGGAUUUCUGGUACUCAUGGUUAUAUGGCCCCUGAAUAUGCAAUGCAUGGGUAUUUGUCCGUGAAGACAGAUGUUUUCAGUUAUGGAGUCUUGGUGUUGGAGAUUGUCAGCGGGAGAAAGAACCAUGAUGGGCGGCUUGAAAGAGAAAAGGCAGACCUCUUGAGCUAUACAUGGAAGCUGUAUCAAGGAGGGAAGGCACUGGACCUAGUUGACCCAACCCUGGCCAGGUGCAAUCCUGAUGAGGCAGCAAUGUGCAUUCAACUAGGACUUCUAUGUUGUCAAGCAAGCGUUGCAGACCGGCCUGACAUGAACUCUAUCCAUCUCAUGUUUUCGAGUGAUUCAUUUACCUUGCCAAGGCCUGGUAAACCUGGACUUCAGGGCCGUAGAGGACGUUGGACAACCACCUCUACUUCAGCUUUUACCAAUACUAAUGCUAGUAGUGGAUACACAGGUGUUACCAAAGCCUCUGCGGGGAGUAGUUUUGUUGAGGAGUAUUCUAGAAAUUCAAUUUCUCAUUCUUCGAUUGAUGAAGGUAGAUAACUCAUAACCUGCAUUUGUGAUUUGUAGGGUGUUGCGAGCUCUAUUUAUGUGCUGUAAAGUAAAUUUUUUUUUUUCAGUCAUGAAUCUUAGGCUAACAUAAUAUAAUUUGUUUUAUUCUUUUGGAAUACAAUCAUUUCAUGCA